UCGGCUCCACCAACUAUGAAGAAACAACUCUACCCGGAUGAGGUGAAUCUACGGCUAAGACAAGGUCAACCCGCUGUUUUUAAUGUGACGUUCCGCCGUGGCGAAGAUUACCCGAUCGAUCUGUACUACUUGAUGGACCUUUCCUACUCCAUGGAAGAUGACCUGAAGAUUGUAAAGAAGCUAGGAGGGGACCUGCUGAAGGCUCUCAACAAGAUCACGAGCCUCGCUCGGAUAGGGUUUGGUGCCUUUGUGGAUAAGACCGUGUUGCCCUUUGUCAACACGCAUCCAGAGAAGCUGCAGAACCCUUGUCCGAGCAAGGAGACUCUGUGCCAGCCACCAUUUGCUUUCAGGCAUGUGCUCAGCCUCACAAAUAACGCGAAGCAGUUUGAGCAGGAAGUAGGGACCCAGUACAUUUCAGGAAAUCUUGACGCACCGGAGGGGGGGCUGGAUGCCAUGAUGCAAGCUGCUGUCUGUGGGAGUAAAAUUGGCUGGAGUAAUGCCACUCGCUUACUGGUGUACGCCACAGAUGAUGGUUUCCAUUUUGCCGGGGAUGGAAAACUCGGAGCCAUCUUAACUCCUUUUGAUGGGAAGUGCCACCUGGAGGAAAACAUGUAUAAAAAAAGCAAUGAAUAUGACUAUCCAUCCGUUGGCCAGUUGGUGCAAAAACUUGAAGAACAUAAUAUCCAGCCCAUUUUUGCAGUUACUAGGACAGUCUCUGAAACAUAUCGAAAACUCAGUGAGAUGAUCCCCAAGUCUGCUGUCGGAGAGCUGCGGGAGGAUUCCAAUAAUAUCGUCCAGCUUAUCCAGGAUGCUUACAACAACUUGUCUUCCAAAAUCAUUUUGGACCAUGGUCCCUUGCCAAACAGCAUCAAAAUCACAUAUGACUCCUUCUGCCCUAACAAAAUGAAUACUGAGGGCAGACCAAGAGGGGAGUGUGACAACGUCAAGAAAAACGACGAGAUUACCUACCGAGUGAAAAUUACAGCAACCGAGUGUGUUCAGAACCAAGCCCUGACUAUCCGUGCUCUAGGUUUCACCGACUCCGUCAAGGUGAACAUACGGAGUCGAUGUGAUUGUGAGUGUGAUGAGGAAAGACUGGAUCCCUCUGUCUGUAGUGGACACGGCAAAGUAGAUUGUGGAAUCUGCAGAUGUAAUAGCGGUUUCAUUGGAAAGAACUGCGAUUGUGAAACCGGAGGCAAAUCCAGCAAGGAACUGGAAAAGACUUGUCGGAAAGACAAUACCUCCGUCAUAUGUUCUGGCCUAGGGGACUGCGUGUGUGGGCAGUGCGCUUGCCACACCAAUGACGAUCCCAAAAAGCAGAUCUACGGCACCUACUGUGAGUGUGACAACAUCAACUGCGAGCUUCACGAUGGCCGGGUGUGUGGAGGGGAAGAACGAGGACGUUGUGACUGUGGGGUAUGUAAAUGCAACCCUGGCUUUCAAGGCAGUGCCUGCCAUUGCAGGAGCACGACAGACGGUUGCGUGAACGAGAAGGGGAGCGUGUGUAGUGGCCGUGGGAAAUGCGAAUGCAACACAUGCCUCUGCCAAAAUGGCUACCAGCGCCCGUUUUGCAAAGAGUGCCCAGGAUGCCCAUCACCUUGUGCCAGAUACAGCUCCUGCGUUGAGUGCAGAGCCUUUCAAAGUGGCCCCCUAGAAAAGAAUUGCUCCAAAGCUUGCUCAAACAUUAUUCUGAAAGAUACAUUACCGGGCGGCAAAGCAUGUAGAGAGAAGGAUUCUCAAAACUGCUGGAUCUCCUACAAGAUGUUUCAGGAGGAUGGGGAAGAGCAAUAUUCUGUGACAUUCAAUCCAGAGAAAGAGUGUCCGGAGCCCCCAAAUAUCGCGGCCAUUGUGGGCGGCAUCAUUGCUGGCGUAGCUCUCAUCGGGCUCCUCCUCCUCAUUAUUUGGCGAUUUUUGACGGAGCUGAUUGACCGCCGGGAAUAUCACCGGUUUGAGAAGGAAAAGGCCAAGGCCAAGUGGAAUGACGCUGACAAUCCUCUCUUCAAGAGCGCAACCACCACGGUUGUGAACCCCAGGUUCGGCGGCCAGUAA